AUGUUUUCAAUCAAAAAUCUUUUUACAGAACUUUGUAUUAAGUCAUUAAGUUCAGCUAAUACGAAUCAUUAUUUUAAAACAUUAAAUCAAAUUAAAAAACAUUCAACAUUUCAUAAAUGGACAUUAGAUUAUUUCAGAAACCAACCACCUUAUAAUAAGUUUGUAUUAAAAGAAUCUUCAACUGAAGACAAAAAAUCUCUUUAUAGCCCUAUUAAUUUAAAUACAACUGCUACUGACAAAUUACUUAUGAACUAUUUUUCAUUAAAAAAUGUUUCCCACUAUGAAAUUGAUAAAGAACUAGCAAAUCGGGUAAAUGAUAUGUCAAUCAAUCAGAUACUUGCAUUAAUGGAUGCCUGUUUAUCUGGAAAAACCCAGUUCCACAAAAACUCAAGAUCAUUUAAAAAAUGUAUUGAAUUAAUGAAUGAAUUAUGGUUUCGAAGACCUGACUUAACUACUUCACAAACUAUACAGUUGAUUUAUUAUGUCAGUAUAUACAAAAAUAAGACAAAACAAGUAGUUGAGUUUGGAUUACAGAAAUUAAUGAAUGAAAUUGAUUUUUUGAAAAAAUUAACUGAUGAAGAAUUAAGUGUUAUAGCUGUAGCAACAUACAAAACUAGUGCUAAAGUCUAUGAUAAAAUGCUGAGAAUAUUUGCCUACAGAGUUGAAAGAAACUUAGAUAAUCUAAUACAAAACCCUUUAAAUUUUGUGUCUAUAAUUAAACCACUGAAAAGAGCAAAGUAUCAUGACCCUGUAUUGUUAACCCAACUGAUAAAAGCUUUUAGUAGUAACAAAAAUAACAAAGUCUUGGAAGAUGUGACUAGUAGCAUUCAUCUCCUUACAUACUUUGCAGAUGCAAAUUGUGGGGAAGUAGACUUUUUGCAACAAUUGAUUGAUUCUAUUGGAAAUAUUAUGAUUAAAGAUCAUUUAAAACAUUACCGAAUCAAAGAUGUUUCUAACUAUGUUUUUUCAGCCAGUUACUUAGGUCUAACUCCAAAGAAUCCUAAUGUGUGUAAAAUGAUUAUUAAUUUCUUAGAGGACAUUUUUAACUCUAAAGAAAAAUGUGAAAAAAUGUCCAAAACAUUAAUAGGAAUGUGUUUAUCAAUGUGGAUGUUGAAUUAUAAACCAAUACAGUUAAUGCAGUUUAUGUUUUUUGAAGUACCUGUUGCAGCUUUAAGAAUGCCUAAUGCUCACAAACAAGAUAAUAGACUCAAUCUUUUGUUAACAUGUGCUCAUAUUGAACAGCCCGAUUUAAUAAUGGGAUAUCAAUUAAUUGAUGAACAAACCACUAACUCCAUGCCUGAUCCUUACAAACAUUUAGAGGAACGUCCAUUCUUGGUAAUGGUGUAUCAAUCCCUGCAAAAAUUAUAUCAUGAAUUGGAUAUAAUAAAUGUAGAAUAUAAUUUUAGUAUACCUUACUUGAGAAUAUUAGGAAUAAAAAUUAUUAGAACAAAUGGCGAAAUCAUUUAUGUAGAAGUUUUGGACAGCAGUAAUUGUCUUUAUGGUACAUUAAUACCAAAUGGUAUGAUGAAACUCAAAUUUCGCCUUGAGUCAAAGUUAAAUUUUUUUGUUAUUAAAGUGAACCAUAAUGAAAAUACAUUGCAGAAUCCAAUAGCAUUGAAACGUCACUUAGAAUCAUUACUAUCCAACAAAUAA